UCGGAGGGUGCUCCUAAAAGCAUACUGUUGAGUUCAACGAUGAUGCAAAGCCGUGCCGAAUGUGGUUCGACAGCUCGAACUGAACUUUUCGGAAGUUUGUCGGAAUUCAAUAAAAACCGAAAUCAAACCACUAGCGAAGCACAAUACCGUCUCCCAUUGCGAAACGUUGAAAAUGUUCCGAACAGCAGUAAUGCGUUGCGAAACGCACCAUAUGUAAGAAUUGUCAGAAAUGUACAACAGGCAGAAAUUGUACCACUCUUGUCUAUGAUACGUAAUACAUCAAAUGUACCAAAUGUACUUAGAGUUAAAGGUGUAGCAAAUGUAUCAAAAGUGCUAAAUACACCAUUCUUACGGUACGGCAUGCCAAAUGCAUUGAAUGCACCAUCAACCCCGAAUGUCCAGAAUGCGCAAGAUGUGUCAAAUGUAACAAGUUUAGGGAAUGAAACAAUUGCAUCCAAUACAGCAAAUGUACAGCCGGUGAUGAUAGCGAAUGUUGAAGGACAGUUUUCGACCACACGGAUUCAGCAGGAAAGCCGAUUUCUUCCGUUGGGCGCAGAAUUUUCAGAGACAAUCGAGGCAUCGAAGAGCAGAAACAAAGCUCGACGGAACGGCAACCUGUCACGUUGGAGGAAAAUGAUGGAAGAGAAAUGCGCGCAAGCCAUCAACAAUGCAGAGGCACAACCACCGAAUAACAGUGAAGCGAAAGCAUUCUCGUACCGAGAGUUUCCUAUGGAUUUUGGGUCACCAGUUGAACAACAGAUUAAAAAUGUUGUACCGGUAGCUUCAACGCAACCCGUGGUGCAUCAACUCGGAUCAAACACGACACAGCAAAAAAACCCACAGGUUCCCGUCAUCAGAGCUGCAAUCAGCACGGUAGUUGUGCCCAGUGACAAUGCGUUGACACCGAAACCUGGGAUGUCCUGUCGCGAAUACUACGAAGGAUUGUAUGGCGGGCAACACGGUAAAGCGCAAAUAUGGAGUGGUUCGACAAAGGAGAGCUAUGAGUAUUUACCCGGAUCAGACGUUAUCAACGCGGCGGUGAACGGCGUUCCCAACACCAUGAUGAAUGUCUGCUUCGUAUCGCGUGAUGGAGGAAAAACUUACGCUCUUGAAGACAGAAACAAGUGGCCGCCGGGAACAUUUGGACCUCCUUACGAUCAGCCAACGCCGGACCCGAACGCUCCGGUUUACAAACCGCACAUUAUAAAUUGGAAGAGUCUGUACUGUCCAACUUGUAAGAAAUGGUUCUUGCGUGUUGGAGAGCUCGCUGAGCACAACGAAACGGUUCACGGACUACCGAAACCUUUUCACUGCUCGAGGUGCGAUCUACGUUUCGGUACAUUCUUGGAUAUGAGUGAGCACGUUUUGGAGCAUUUAGUUGACCCCAACUCUUUUUGGUGCAGUAAUUGUCCACAAAGGUUCCUAAGUUCCGAAGAUCGGGAAAAACACUGGAUCAAGAAACAUCGAAAGCCGUCCAUUUUCUGCCGGUAUUGUGGCAAAGGAACUAGGCCGAGUGAGCUGGGUGCUCAUCAUCAUGCCCACGAAGUACUUAUGCGAUGGAUGGGGGUGGAAGAACCGAGGAAAUAUAUGGAUUCAGCCACCGAGGACGAGGAAUCGGAUGGUUUUGAAGGUUAACAUUUGAACCUUGAUUACAGGGAAUAGGCAUUUUAAGCAUUUUAUCAAAUGCUUUUCGAUCUAGCAAAGGAAAGAAGGAAUCGAAUUUCGAGCAAUAUCGUUGUGUUCAUUCAAGUUUUCUCACAAUUAAGUAAAAAAAAAAUCAUGCUGCAUUGCUGCAAACAGUGCGAUAAUAACUAAGAGGCGAAAAGAAUAGAGGGUAUUC